AUGUUCUUGAAACUGAAGAACAAGAUCCUAUCGAAAAUCAAAGACCCCCAGGAUAUAUACACAACGAUUUAUCCGUUGUAUUUAAUUUGUAAUAUCCUGGGAUUAGCUCCGUACGUGGUGAAAGAGAAUCCGAGCGGCAAACGCGAGUUUUACUUUGGCUGGAGGUCCAUUUUAAAAAGCGUACUUAUAGUUACCAGCUUUUUAAUCGUCUUCGGAUAUGCAAUCUCCAGACUGGACAACCCGUUCCAGAAUUCGGUGGACAUCAAGUAUAAAAUCAGGUUUUUUCAGGAAAUUUUCGGUAAUCUGUUGUCGGGGUGUGAAAUAGUCAUCGGCAUUUUCUAUGCCAGCAAGAUCAUAGAAGUGUUUCAGAAUAUUGAUGAGGUCGAUAAUCUUUUUAGGGGAUUGGCUGUUUGGGUUUGCUACAAGAAGUUUUAUGUAACAGUUUUGAUACACAUAUUUGGUUUCUGUCUAAUUGUGGUCUUUACAAUUCUUCAUGUACUUGUUAUCGAAAGUUUCUUGAGCGGAGACUUCUUAUACAACACCUUACUAUUUUCCGCAAGAUAUUUACCAUAUUUAACAAACAUGUUGAUGGAAAUCCAGUACGUAAAUUGUCUUUCGAUAAUCAGAGAAAGAUAUAAACUUUUAAACCAAUACCUGGAAGCUUUGGUGGAAGACAACAACUUACACAAUGAAAGGGCUGUUAAACAAUCUUGGGUUAUUGAAUUUCUAAGAAACCUUAUGAUUCGUUUCAGUGUUGAGAAGGAUCGUUUGGCAUCUGGUGUUGUCAUGGGAGUUGUCUUAGGAUGGAUGCAAAAACCGGUUUCGACAAUCCCAACAACAAUAACCCCGGAGAAGGAUGCGACAAAGAACAUGCCUAAAAGAAUCAUGUCCAUAUCAGAUCCCGUUUUCAUAAUAGACCAAGUGGCGACCCUCCACAUCAAACUGACCGACACAGCUCAUUUGGUGAACGACGCCUUCUGCGUGCAACAAUUGCUGAGGAUCACAGUCACGUUCGUCAGCAUCGUCACCGCCCUGUUCACCAUCGCGAUGAACUUCGCGGCGCCCAACAAGGGCGACGCCGAACUGGACCUGUACUUCACCUUCUGGGCCUUCUCCAACGCGAUCGAGGUCGUCAGCAUCGUGUGGAUUACCAGCGAGACCUGCGAGGAGGCGAACACAUGUCCAAGAAUACUGCACAAAAUUAGAAACCACACCACCAACACGAAACUUCAGGAUACGAUUGAAAUUUACUCCCUGCAAAUGUUCCACAAUAAAUUAUAUUUUACAGUAUGCGGUCUGUUCCCCCUGGACUAUUCGCUAUUGUACACGAUUGUGGCAGGUGUUACUACCUAUUUGGUUAUUUUAAUCCAGUUUAAUAUUGAGAUUGUACAAAGCAGCAAUUCCACUGUUACCAACCAGAGUUCCACCGUUUAACCGUUUCAGCAUUUUGUGUGUAUUCAUUGAUGUCUUCAGUAAAUUGCACCUCUUGUAAAAUUAUUUGUAAGUUUAUUUAGUAAAU